AUGGCUCACCAGGAGCUCUACUGCAGCCAUCUGAGGAAAGAUGGCCAGGGUUCUUGCUACAUCUGCUCAAACCAGCAAGGUCUGAUCCAGAAAAAUGGCCUCAAUAUUUGCUGCCAGUGUUUCUGUCAAUAUGCGAAGGAUACAGGCUUUAUUAAGCGGGAUUAAGUGAACUUCCUUGAAUGGGUCAUCCAAAAUACCUACCUUAAUGCCAACUCAUUGUACAUAAAAUAAAAAUAUUUUUUUAAGAUUUUUAUUUAUUUG